CAGCUGUAUCUAUACUGCAGUCUCUCACCACCAGCCUCCCUCCCACCCCACUUUUAGUGCCGCAUUGCUGUAUCAAAGUGGGGCGAGCUCAUUACACACACAGACUUGGGCUGUGCUGCCACCCUUGCAGGAGUACAGGGUGUCUGAGGGGCGAACAGACAGAGAAGCAGCAAACUCCAGCUGUGCCAAGCGUUUCUUCCUACCCUGUGUGAUCAUGGGGAAGGAGAAGAUCCACAUUAACAUCGUGGUCAUCGGCCAUGUGGAUUCUGGGAAGUCCACCACCACUGGCCACCUCAUCUAUAAGUGUGGAGGGAUUGAUAAAAGAACCAUCGAGAAGUUUGAGAAAGAGGCCGCUGAGAUGGGGAAAGGUUCCUUCAAGUAUGCCUGGGUUCUGGACAAGCUGAAGGCAGAGAGAGAGCGCGGCAUCACAAUAGACAUCUCUCUCUGGAAGUUUGAGACUACCAAGUACUACAUAACUAUAAUAGAUGCACCGGGACACAGAGACUUUAUUAAAAACAUGAUCACUGGGACGUCUCAGGCAGACUGUGCCGUUCUUAUAGUGGCAGCGGGUGUUGGUGAAUUCGAGGCGGGCAUCUCUAAAAACGGUCAAACUCGGGAACACGCCCUACUGGCGUACACGCUGGGCGUCAAGCAGCUGAUUGUAGCCGUCAACAAGAUGGACUCCACAGAGCCGCCCUACAGUGAGAAACGUUAUGAUGAGAUUGUUAAGGAAGUAAGCGCCUACAUUAAGAAGAUCGGCUAUAGCCCCGCCUCCGUGCCAUUUGUCCCUAUUUCAGGUUGGCAUGGCGACAACAUGCUUGAAGCAUCGUCUAAUAUGCCGUGGUUUAAAGGCUGGAAAUUGGACAGAAAGGAACAGCACGCCGGUGGUGUUACUCUGCUGGAAGCUCUUGAUACCAUCAUGCCUCCAUCACGACCCACUGACAAGCCCCUGCGUUUACCCCUACAAGACGUCUACAAGAUAGGAGGUAUAGGGACUGUACCAGUGGGAAGGGUGGAGACAGGCAUCCUUCGUCCCAGCAUGGUGGUGACCUUCGCCCCGGUGAACAUCACUACCGAGGUGAAGUCAGUAGAGAUGCAUCACGAGUCUCUGAGCGAAGCGUUUCCGGGUGACAACGUGGGAUUUAAUGUGAAGAACGUGUCGGUGAAAGACAUCCGAAGAGGAAACGUGUGCGGGGACAGCAAAUCAGACCCGCCCCAAGAAGCAUCAGCCUUUACAGCACAGGUGAUCAUCUUGAAUCAUCCAGGACAGAUCAGUGCUGGUUACUCUCCUGUGAUAGACUGUCAUACGGCUCACAUCGCCUGCAAGUUUGCCGAGCUUAAGGAGAAGAUUGAUCGCCGCUCUGGCAAGAAGCUGGAGGAAAACCCGAAGAGCCUGAAGUCUGGAGAUGCCGCCAUUGUGGAAAUGAUCCCAGGAAAACCAAUGUGUGUGGAGAGCUUCUCUCAGUAUCCUCCACUGGGUCGCUUUGCUGUCAGAGAUAUGAGGCAGACUGUUGCUGUUGGUGUCAUCAAAAACGUGGAAAAGAAGAUUGGCGGAAGCGGAAAAGUCACCAAAUCUGCCCAGAAAGCUCAAAAAGCUAUUAAAUAAAUGUCUGAAAGUUAGCUUUUCGCUUCGGGCCCCACCCAGCUUAAACAACCAAUUGGCUGCCCCUCUUUCAUCUGGGCAUGCUCAGUCUGUUCCUUCACGUUUGCUUGAACAUAUCUGCUCUAACCAACUGAAUGCAACUGCUGGAGUUUAAUUUGACUGAAGAAAAUAAUGGAGGACUGACACUAUAAUAAAUAUUUUGACUGGU